AUGGCAAAACAGGAUGCACAGAAAAAAAAACUAACACGAUUCCCAAUAUCCAGGCUCAAGCGAAUCAUGCAGAUGAAUGAAGAUAUAGGCAAAAUAGGCGCAUCCGUCCCUGUUGUUGCAAGCAAGGCAAUUGAAAUGUUCCUUUCUGAAGUUGUAGAGCUUGUGCUCAAGGAGGCAAAGUCAAAGAAUACAUCCAGGAUGUCAUCCGAGUUUAUACUCAAUGCAAUAAGCACGGACCCGAAGUUUGACUUCCUCAAAGGGACAGAUCAGCUCAAAGGCAAAGAGUAG